AUGCGUUCAUAUAGUAGAAGAAUAUCACUCCGUGACUCAUUUAUUGAAAUAUUAGCACGGAAAUCAUUAAUUCCAAGAAGAGUUAAUAGAUUGAAGGGAAAUUACCUUUUUCGAGCUGCAGUGAGGCUUGUCUUGGAAUAUAUCGAAUGGCUGAUCGAAGAAUCUUUGGUCGAAGAAAUCAGCGAUGAUAUUACAAUUAAUAUACGAAAGGCACAAGAGAAAAAAGUUGAAAAGAAAGCGCUUACCAUACAGGAUCGUUCUGUUUUAUUAACGAGGUUAGAAGAUCGUACACCGGAGGACAGAAAAUACAUAUACGAGUUAUUUACCAAGUUUCGCGUAUUCAAGAAGUAUUCUGAACGUUUGAGAGAAAUUUUGGCAGGAGUAUGUUUGUACCAAUACCUGCGGCCUGGUCGGGUAAUUGUGCGACAGGGUCGUGAAGCUGAGAAUCUUUACUUUAUUAUAAGUGGAGAAGUCAGUGUAUCGAGGGUGGUUACCGACCGAUGGACUGGUGAAUCGGAAGUAAUCGAUAUGGGAAUUCUGAAUCCUGGUGAUAUAUUCGGCGAAGUCGCAUUACUGCAUGAAAUACCGAGAUCAGCAACAGCAGUUUCAAAAACCACGGUGGAUUUGAUUCUUAUUCCUCGGCAAGAAUUCGAUGACAUUUUGCGACCAAGUUUAAAACAGGAAUGGGAGGUAUUGCAGGAUGCAUUAGUACACUUCAAUUACUUUAAAUGCUGGGACGAGGAGACUAUACGAGAAUGUUGCAUUCUCAGUAAAAUAAAGGAAUUUCAAACUGACGAGGUUUUGCUAGGUGACGCUAAAGGAAUGGUGAAUUAUGUCCACUUUUUAUUAGAAGGUGAAUGUCGCUUGAUAGAACACAUGAUUGUUCGUGAAAAGCAUUCUGUUUAUGGAACUCAUUAUGAAUUAUACGAUCCUGAGAAGGAUAAUGCGAAGAAGGAAAGCAUCAGAUUCUCAAAGGAUGAAGCGUUUGCAAAGAUAGACGAAUUGGAAUACGAGUAUGAAACUACCAAGGUAAAUGGAAUAGAUACGUCGCCAAGUCGAGAUUUCACAGACUAUGCACAACUUUUAUUAUCAUCGAAGCCUACUGAUAGGAAAAUGGAUUUUGAACGUUCAAGUAUCAUUACAACCACAUUAUUGGAUGUCAUGAGCGAUUGGCAUAAAAUUACGGAUGUAGCUGAAAUGUUGAUGAGAGAGGCUUCAUCAACCUCGCAACAACGUUAUCCGAGUGACGUACGCACGAUAUUCAUGCAAAUUUGCACGUUCAAUAGGGGUGCGUGUUUUGGAUUAGGGGAAGACAUGGUUAAUCGAAGGAUAGUAGCCACUUCAUCCGUAAAAUGUUUUUUGGUUCCACGAUAUUGGUUGAGACUUCAUAAUCGUGCGAAUAUUUGGGAACGCGUGAAGUUGUUCAUGAAUUCGAAAUUUCCUACCAAGGAAAAAUUAUUUAAGAAAUUCGUAAUAAACCGCAAAUGGCUAGAAUAUAAGAAUACUUUAGUUGAAGACAUAGGUAAACGAGGCCGACAUGUACAUAGCAAUGUAACGAUACACGACGUUCCUUACGCGAUUAGAAUUGUCAACGAUAUAAGUAAAUAAUAAUCCUACGUAGUGUUCAUCGUGAAACACGUAACUUAAUACAAAACGAGAAUGUUAUAAAGGUAAAAAGUUUAUUAUACAAGUUUCAUACUUUCUAGACGUGACCUAUGGUUAAGACAAUUUAAAUUAUUUCGACACACGCGCUUCGACACAAUGUUCUCUCAUUCGACGAGCAGACAUAUUUAAUUGAACAUUACGCAUCUUUGGUUCUAGUAAAUACAUAAAUUUAUGUAAUAUUACACGUUGCGAUCAAACUUAUAAUGCAUUGAGUAUUAAGUACUGAUAGACGAAUUCUCUUCAAAUUUUAUAUUCUUAUUAAUUAGAUCUGCAAUUUAUCAUUAUUCCU